AAUGAGAGGACUGGGGAAGGGGGGUGGGCUGGGGGGCGGUGUCCGCAGUCCUCCUCGCGGCGAGCACGGAACCGCAGCGGGGCGGGGGGCGGGGGAGCUGUCCGUUUCAGGACCACGCGGCCGUGGCGCGCGACACCACACACGGGAGCCGAACAGAGUCCUCAUCACCUGGCGGCGCCGGACGGACUGCUCAUCUGCAGGCAGUCUGCAGGGGUAAAGCUGCCCUGCGGUAGAAAUAGCCCCCCCCCCACGUCCUCCUCCCGGCGCCACAUCGGUCCGGAGGCACCGGCGGCAGCAUCUUUCCGCCUCCGCCGCAUCCGGCGUCUCCGCGCAGGACCUGCCCGCUUUGUUCGCCACAUCCUCCUCCACGCGCGUUUCCCUCACGUCGAUCCCAGAUUGUCGGAGGAGUCGGAGGGGGACCUCCAUCCACUUUCUCCGACGCCUUCCUCGGAAUAAUGAAGAGAAGGACUAAGAACCAGUGAGGAGCUGUCUCUGCUCCUGCCAUCCUCCUGCAUGUUGGUGCUGAAUGUGUACAUGAGGUCCAAAAUAGGAGCUACAAUAAUAAAUCAAAUAAGGGCCACAAUAAGAAAAACAGAAAGAAGAGCACAGGCCACUAUCUCUGUAAUGUGUCACAGUCAUGUCCCAAGCAGGUAAAAUCCUUCACCUAUAUGUGGAAGUGGGGUCAGUGCCUGAGGUGGUGAGGAGAGUGGCUGGCAAUGUGGAGGUGGCUGGUCAAGCUGCAUUGCAGAGAAUAGAAGGCCAGACACUGGAAUCAGUCUCUCUUGAAAACCAGAAAUCCAGCCGUACAGGGAAUGGGUUUAGCGGACAGGACUUCAGUCCGAGGGUAUCUCCAUACAAGAAUAACCUUGGCUUCCAAGGCUACCCAACAGCAAUGCCAGUUGAUAGCUCAGCCCCUCAGAGAUCAAGCCUGCUUUAUGAUGGGACUGAUCACCUCCUUUCCCCAGCACACCAAAAUGAGACCAGUUGGGCAAGAACUGAAAAUACCACAGCCCCAGGAACACCUUCUGGUGGGUGCACAUCCCAUGGAGUAGUGUCAGAGCAAGAUGGAAAGCGAUCUGUUGUCACCUUCAGUUACAUUGAGAGGGCCUGCAUCAAGACGGUUGAAAGUCCCCAGAGUGCCUUGCGCAAAGGUGGGCUCUCAAGCUUCCCCGAUUCCCUUGGUAGGCCUGAAGAAGAAAGGCUAAUGCCUUCUUACCCUCACAAGAGGUUCAGCAACCCUAUCUGGUUUGACAGCGACAACUUCUCCUGUGGCUCCAGUUCAAAACCAUAUCAGGCUUCCACGGACCAGCAGGCUCACUCCAAAGAUCUCCGCAGAGCUGCCCUUGAUGUCAUCGGGAGAGCUGCAACGCAAAGAGCAUUGGAUGAGUUUGGUUCUCCAGAGCUGAGACGCAGGGUGGCCAAUGGGCUCAAUGGCUCCGGUGCCUGGCACCAGCGGCAUCCCCGCUGUCAAUCCUGGUCGGGCUCCCCAGGCCUAAUGCGAGGUCCCUGUAAGCCACCAGAAUCUUGCCAAACCUGCCCAGACCAGCCACAGCCUGGACUCAGUUUUCCCUGGAAUCCAGCAAGUAGUCAGGUAGCCCCCCAAGUCAGCCAUGCCAGUGCAUAUACAGCCGGGAAGCUGAACUCUGUUCCUCACGAAACAUCCACGCUGAGUAACUACUGUGUUCCUGGCAUUCCGUGUUCUGUGUCCAGUUCCAGUGACAGUUCAAACUUGACCCAAAGGAUCCACAGCCCUGCAGGCGAUAAAUUAGAGGAAGGGAUGAACCAGCUGAGUGGAAAAAACGGAAACACACCAGCCAACAGUCCUGACAUAGCACGCAAAUUAGCAGAAGAGGCCACUAAAUUAUCAGCAAUAUUUACUGGGGUGCAGAGGUUCCCAUCACCCGGUGCUGUAGAAGAUGUCCUCUUGUUGGAUAGUGCUCAGCAACCGGAUUACCUGGCACGGGAAUCACAGCAGUGCCUCCUUUCCGAGAACAGGGGUCCUCAGGCAGCUGAGAUGAACAUUCCUGUUCGGAGCCAGCAGCUGCCUAAAGAUGCUGCCGAAUUAAAGGAUCUCUCAGACAAACACUUGUCACUCUUGCAGAUGUGCGACAACAGCUCCCCAGCUGUGCAGGGUGAGUGGAGAGGCAAUACCUCAGGCUUUCAUCAGUGGCAGGAUGGCGGAGAGUCACCUGCCAUACCCUCAAGGCUGCAUCGGUCCCAGCCACACUGCGGGGAGCUGAACUCCCCCCUCAGAGACCCCCGUUUGCAAAGGGCAGAGAGCCUAGUAGUCAGUAGCCCCACCCUCCAUCGCUAUCAAGCCCCGCAAUAUACGGGAGGAAGCUGGGCACUGGACCAAGACCUAUGGCAGGAGUCAAGGUAUGAUGAGGGAGCGAGAAAUGCAGUGGACACAGCCAGAAGGAUGUACUGGGAGUCUAAUGUGGAGUUGCCCCAGCAGGAAUGGGGGUGUAUGAAGAAAGACGAGAGGACUGAGAGUGCAUAUCCAGUAUCCCAAACUGGACUGAACGUUAGCAACUCCUCCUCAGCCCUGCUGCAGAAACAAGCUGAGUGGAGGAGGAGGGAGGCCCUGUUGCUCGGCCCGGUGGCACUGGACUACACCCAGGCCGGGUCAGCCUUAGAUGCCGAGGAACCCCCAGAAGUAGACGGGGGCGGGCCACAGGGGUCCUCCCGCAGCUCCAGCGGAGUUACUGGCAGUCUGGGAGACGGUGACUGCCUCUCCCCGGAAUCUAGCCAGUCCAGCCCAAGGGGCAGCGAGGCAGGACAGGCCACGUCCGGCAUACAGUCGGACAGCGGGCCGUCCGCCGUAGGCCCUUCUCUCCACUCGCAGAAGAUUGCCCGUGCCAAGUGGGAGUUUCUCUUUGGGACGUCGGCUGAAGGUGCGGGGAGUAAAGAUAUUCCAGAUGCUGCUACGGCGCCCCCUAGUGGUACCUGCAGCGAGUCACAGACUCCGACGCCACCCAGCUCCUUGCCUUUGGUGUUGCUGUCAGGCCACGACGUUCAACAUGUGGAGGUGGAGCUUGUAACCCCUCCUCCAGCGGCGGUGGGGGCAUCACCCAAGACCGGCAUCAUCCGACGCACGGUGAAAUACUCUGAGACGGACCUGGAUGCGGUACCGCUGCGAUGCUACCGUGAGACAGACAUCGAUGAGGUGCUGGCAGAGCAGGAAGAAGCAGACUCGGCAUUCGGCAGCAAUCGCAGCGUAAUCGGCACCUCGGGCACUGGGAGCAGCCCCCUGGGAGCUGCCUUCUACGAGCAUCUCCGCAGGGAGGAGGAACAGGAGGAGGAGGAGGAGGAGGAGGAGGAGGGAGAGGAGGAGGAGGAGGAGAGCCUUGAUCUGGAAGGGGAGGAGGAUGAAGAGGUGGCUGACUGGGCCAGUGUGAGGAUGCAGGGAGACAGGAAGAGACAGCAGGUCUGUCAGGAAGAGGAUGACAUCUUUAGCAGACUUUUAAACAGACCCUUAGACGAUAACUUCGACCCCCCGGCCUUGAAGUCCCCCCUCCUGGUACCGGGUCCCUGGCCGUCCUCGGAGGAAGUGGGGCUGGACACGUUCAGCCGGCACUUUGAGAGCAUUGUAGAGUCGCACCGUGCCAAGGGCACGUCCUACAGCAGCCUGGACAACGCCAGCCUGAUGACCUCCAGCAGUCCAACGGGCUUCACCUUCGAUCCACCCACUCUGACCCCCGAAGCACCAGGGCGCUGCUUCCAGAGCGCACGUCAAAUCGCCGAGCUGGCCUUUGCUCCGCUGGCAUGGAGCGAGCGUGGCCCCAGCGCGUCUGACUCCUCUGAUGCCACGCGGGCCCCUUCCAGCGAGAGGCUGAGCAGCGAGGGGGCCCCUUCACUCGGCAGCCUGGGGCCCUUGGAGAGCUGGCAUGGAGUCUUGUCCUGCAGGGAGAAGCUGGAGUUGGAUCGGGACCUGAGUGAGCGCCUGGGCCUUGGCAGCACCGAUACCCUCACCAACGGCAACAAGGCCGACCUGGAGGCGGCCAAACGGCUGGCCAAGCGACUCUACCACCUGGAUGGCUUCCGGAGGUCUGACGUGGCCCCGCACCUAAGCAAGAACAACGACUUCAGCCGCAUGGUCGCCGAGGAGUAUCUGGGUUUCUUUGAUUUCACCAAUCAGACUAUUGACCAGGCACUCCGAGCUUUCCUGAGGGAGUUCGCACUCAUGGGGGAGACGCAGGAGCGCGAGCGGGUGCUGUCCCACUUCUCCAGGAGGUACCUCCAGUGCAACCCGGGAACCGUUCCGUGUGAGGACAGUGUCCAUGCCCUCACCUGUGCCCUGAUGUUGCUCAACACUGACCUGCAUGGCCAGAACAUUGGCAGGAGGAUGUCCUGCAUGCAGUUCAUCAGCAACCUGGAGGGCAUGAACGACGGACAGGAUUUCCCCAAAGAGAUGCUCAAGGCGCUGUACAAUUCCAUCAAGAACGAGAAGCUACAGUGGACCGUGGAUGAGGAGGGGCUGCGCAAGUCCUUCUCGGAGCUGGGCGAUGGCCGAGGCAACUCAACGUCCCGGAGCACGAAGCGGAGUGCUGGCGGAAGUGGGGGGUCCCUGGCAGGAGUGACUCCACAGCCCGGUGCCCCCCUCUACAAGACUGGCUUCCUUGUGCGCAAAGUCCACGCUGACUCCGAUGGCAAAAGAACUCCACGGGGAAAGAGAGGGUGGAAAACGUUCUGUGCCGUCCUGAAGGGACUCAUUCUAUACCUGCAGAAGGGGGAGUACCAGCCAGAGAAGCAGCCAUCUGACGAGGACCUAAAGAAUGCGGUGUCCAUCCACCAUUCGCUGGCCAUGCGGGCAGCUGACUACAGCAAGAGGCCCAACGUCUUCUACUUGCGUACUGCCGACUGGAGGGUGUACCUCUUCCAGGCCCCGAACGCAGAGCAGAUGCAGUCUUGGAUCACUCGCAUCAACACGGUGGCAGCCAUGUUCUCGGCACCGCCCUUCCCGGCGGCAAUCGGCUCCCAGAAGAAGUUCAGCCGGCCUCUGCUGCCGGGGGCUACCUCGAAGCUCUCCCAGGAGGAGCAGCUUCAAGCCCAUGAGUCCCGCUUCCGAUCAGUGUCCUCUGAACUGGCCGAGCUGCGCUCGUACCCCCCGGACCGCAAGGUCAAAGGGCGCGAACUGGAGGAGUACCGGCAGCGAGACGAGUACCUGGAGUUUGAGAAGACUCGCUACGGGACGUACGCUACACUCCUGCGAGCCAAGAUCCGCUGCGGGGAAGAUGAUCUGUCCGUGUUUGAGACCCAGGUGCAGGAGGAGAGCAGCCUGCCGAGGGCACCGUCCAGUCCCACGCUGCAGCAGGAGGGCAGCCUGGGCGGUUCCAGCAAGGGCAGCAAGCGCACAGAGGGUCAGCGGCACAGCUACCGGCAGGCUGUCAAGAAAUGAGGGCCCCGCACAGGGGCCCGUGGGGGGCCGCCUUGCCUGCCCAGGUUUUUUUAUUUGAGGUCCCGGGGAGAGGGUGGGUCUGCAGGGGCCAGGGGCCAGGGGCCGUGGUGCCCGAUCCCAUCCCUUCGGCCGCUCGUACCCCGGGGGCGAGGUGGAUUUCAAGCGACUGACUGAUCGUGUGCCCUGCGGGUAAGGCGGCGAUCGUGUGACUGACAUGUGCUGCCCCCGCCCCCUGCCAAAGGCGGCAGCGGCAGGAGGAGGAGGGAUGCCACAGAGGGGUCUGAGACCUUGGGGGCGGAGCACUCGCAGAGAAGAGUGCAAGCUGUCGUUGUUGCUACUGGCGACGAAGAGCACCGACUUAGAGCAACGUUUCAUAUUUCGAUUCUUAAUACAUUUUCGUCUCGUUUUCGGUGUCCUGUGCCCUUGAUCUCCAUCCCUAAUACCUGCCAGUCCCUUUUCCUAGAGCUACAGGUUUGUUUUGUUUGAAGAAACUUUUUUCAACUCCAUACUAUGGUUAUGUUCAUUUGAUUACAGUUAGGUAAUGCAGUUUGUUAGUUUUUUAUAUGUGGCUGCCUGAAAAUUGUAGAUAGCUGAAGCGUGUCAAGGUUUGUGAUGUUCCGUUGCGGUUACUUAGUUGCCUCCGUUAGCCCCGUCCCAUGACCCAUGCUGCCCUCUUUUCUCUUCGGUAGAAGAUUGCAUUGCAGAUGCUGCUAAUGUGAUGAUUCGUACCUGCAUGUUGAUUUUCGCAGCUCAGCCAAGGACAGAACCCUGAAACCGAACUGUUAACACCAGGAGGAAGCCUUGCGCAGGCCCGUGAUGCAAUAUGUUAAACUACAGCCAGUUCCCAUUAUGGACAGGACUGGCAACUCAGGGAGGAGGCCUCUUGGAGGACAUCAGCGAUGAACCCUGGGGUAACAUUCAUGUGAGCAUGGCCUAGCUGAGUGGUCAUUUGAGGGGAUGGUGUCACGAUGAGGAAGCUGGUCGGAAAAGGCUCAUUUCCAUGGAGAUACUACGACUAGUUUGCCUUCACAUCUCGCUUGUCAGCAGAGAGCCGUUUUCUAAACGAACUGCUUCGGCCGCACUUGGCUUUGGCUAUUACCACCAAGGAAGCCGUUUCUUAUUCUUGACUUGAAAUCAUUGUCUUCACCGACGAACCUGCUUGCUUCAAUGUCUUCUGCUCUUUAUUUGCUUUUUUCUUUAAAGAAGCAAGACAUUCUGUGCUUUGUGGCUCGGCUGUGUUGUUUGUUGUUGCCGUGGCGCCAACAUCCCCUUAAGCGAUGUGUUUGUCAAGAAAUCUGCAGAGUUGAUUUUUUUUUUUGGUUCACAGAGUCUGUUUGUAACACCCACCGAGCAGAAGCUGAAUGUCGUGCUCGAUGUGUCCCGCCACCUUUGUUGUCCUUCAGGCUUGCGAUGAGUGUGGUUGUCUUUGAGGUUGGGCUCUCCGACCAUAUCUGGUCAAUGUCAGGUAUCCAAAAGGGUUUCGGCCCUUUCCCCACCUCCAUGCUCCACCCACCUAGCUAGGGGCCGGCUCCUCCGUCACAACCCCACUGGGAGCUGACAGAAGGUGCAGAGCGGGCACAGGCCACACCCAGACGGACAGCUGUGUGGGCUGUUCUGCUCGAAUUUACCCUGAGCUGCUUUAGCAACAUACCUAGCAGCAUAAACUGGAAAAUGCUCAAUUUUGGAUGAAAGUAAUCUUUAAAAAAAUGGAAAUAACUGCAUAAUUUAUGUCUGCUUGUUGGCAACAGCUGAGUCCAUUUGCAUUUUUAAAGAAUGAUGUUGAUGUAGCUUAAAGUAAAUGGUACCGUCAGCAUGAUGAGACCUAUUCUUCCUGUAGGUGUCACUGUUGCCACUGUUUUUGUUCCUGUUCUGUUUCCACGCGAGAAAAAAAUGAGACACACAUCUUCAAGUGAACCGCUGAAGUCAUCUUUAAUAAUUCCUGCAAGACUUUUACAUAUUAACAGAGAAAAGGUGUCAUUUUAAAUGUUACCAACGGUUGUGUUUAUUGAGAUCGGUGUGUACGAAUCUAAAAUAUUCCAUAGGCAUGUUUUCCAUAGGCAAGUUUUAUUAAUGAAAAUUAAUUUAAGUGAAUGUUUAUGAUACAGGACCACUAUGGUCUCCUCGCAGUCACACGUCUGUUGAAUUUCACACGGUAAUGGCUGUAUCUCACCAGCAAGGCAGAGAGCUUUAACCAUCAUCACUACAGUGGGCGGUUCACGAUAACGACUGUGAUGACGAUCAUGAUGAGGACCGUGAUGAGCCUCACACUCUGCUGCCAGACAGCAUCAACUUCUUCCUCCGCUUGAAUGAGGUUGCAGGAUGCGUGUUGCGGUUCUGUGUUUGUGUGCAAGAACUUUGAGCAUGCUGUUGAAGACCUCCUUGAUUACUGGGUCCUAGGAGCUGCCUGAGCUGGCAGAGGCCAAGACACCUUUAAAUAUCAGUAAGUUAAUGAAUUCACCAAACAACCCAACGUUCAGAGAGGUGCGGACACCGCCUAUUUUGCUUUUUCUACCCAAACACGAACCCAUUGCACUUUCCUAUCCUCUGCAGAGGGUUAAAUUGUCUGAGCACUGCCCCCCACGGUAUAAACAUGGUCCUGUCUUCUGUCGUUAAAGAGUUGCUAAGGUGGGAUGUCUGAUCAGUGGGCCCCACGUGCAAAACGAUGCCGCUGUCAAUUUGCCACUGCAUAUCUCUGUUGCUGUCCGUAGCACAUAAGCCUUUGUGUCAACGAGGGUUGCCAUGGUAACCGCUGCGCACUAAAACAGCUACUCAGAACACCUGCCACAGAACAGAGUGGGACCCCUAUGUACAGGAAUGGGAUGGUCCACUUUUGACACAUUAGUGCCCGUUGGGGACGGCUCUCGACCGUGCACUCGAACACAGCUGAACAGCUUGUUAUGUGUUCUGCGAUUGUUGCCAUGUGACUUUUUUAAUAUUAUUGCAGGGUUUCUUUGGCCCAUGUUAGCUAUACACUUGAUGCCUGCUUGUAAAGAAGCGACCAUAAGAAAGUGUUGUUUGUAUAUUCAUUUCUUUGAAGUAUACUGGCAAAAAAUACUAAUAAACAGAUAUUUUAAAAAGAACAGUUUAAUAAACGGGCCCUGUUGUGUGCAUCCAAUAUAAAGGAUAUCCAUUGAAUCUUAUACGUACACACGCAUUAUAAAAAGUGCUGUCUGAAAGUACACAC